GAGUAGCACAAAUAAAUGACAUUCUUUACAACAUGUGUUGGGACAUAACAAAACGUCAAAAUAAUUUGUUUUGAUUUCCACAAUAUCCGUACAAGUCGUCUAAUUUACUUCGAACAAGAUUAUCUUUUGAUUUUAUUAAAAAUAUAAGUAUAAAGAGAUGAGCAAAAUAAAAAAGCCUAAAUCUUUCCAAAAGCCUCCUCCAUUAGUAGCGCCCCGCCGAGAUACACUGGAAAAUGAGGCACAAAUAGAAUUGGAACUUUGUUGGUGUGUUCAACAGUUGGAGAAUGCACUUAAUUCAGGAAAGCUGUCCCAAAAAGUAGCCGACGACACGGUGAAGAAUAUAAGGGUGCUUAAAAGUUCAACAGCGCCGCUUGUUAAAAAGCGCCAGGUUAUGAAGGCCGCAUUGGGAGAUUACCGUGCUAAAAUGAAAGAAGAAGAAAAAAAGAUGGCUCUUGCGGCCAAACAAAUCAAAUUUACACAAACCAUUGAAGCAAAUAAUAAGUCAAGCUUUCUCAAAAAAGCUGCCAUUAUCCAAACGGGGAAGGAGUUCCGCUUUAAUUUUUCAACUCCCAACGGUAGUGAUGUUUCUGAAUUAGCUGAAAACAGUACGAGUGCCAAAAACAAUACGGAUAUCAAAAACGAAAACAGUUCAAACAUACCAAAAGACUUAAAUUUAACUGGCGGUGGUUUUAAAUUUAACUUUGUUUUAGAUGAAAAUAAUGAUGAUUUAAAUUUAAGUGGACUGUCCAUUAAAAGCUAAAAUUAAAAUCAGCUAGUACAUAAAUCUA